GUAUUUAAUGUAACAUUGGAUGGAUUGCUCGCUGUCAUUGGUUUUGGUUGCACUUUUCCGUUAUUGUCUGUGACUAGUAUUGAGUCAAACUAAUUUUUCUAUUUAUAGAUGUUUCACAAUGGACAAUUCCGAUAGCGCUGUGUUUGGUCGUGAUGAUCGGUCGUCCACUACUGAGUCAAUGGCGAGUUUGCUCUUGUCUGGUUGGGCCAUGAUGUCUGAAACUUGUACUGAGUGCCAUUCUGUACCACUCAUGCGUAGCCGUGAUGGCAUUUUAAAGUGUUGUGGUUGCAACAGGGAGUUUGGCGGUCCUUCACGUAAAUCACAAUCUGUUGAUAUGAGCACGGUGCCCGCUGCAUCUAACACUAGCUCGGGUAUGCGCAUUGAUCAUCACAAGUACCGUAUUGUUGAAGAGUGUGGUUUGGAAUCUGGCUUGUUGAGUGAUAUCCAUGGUGCCGGUGGCGAUCGCGCGUUGCCUAAAAAUGUGAAUCUACAUCGUCCGACAGUGGUUGCACCUGUUGAAGGUCGUCGUCUGCAGCAGCUGUGUCUGCUGCGUGUUGAGUUGACGAAAGCACUUGAUCGUUACAUCGCUUUACUACACGAGUGCAAUGAGAACGGCUCAAUGGAUUCCCAAGGGGAAUGCACAUUAUUUGAUCGUAUAGAGCGCAUUUUGCGUUUAUUUGAGAUGGUUGACUCCCGACUAUAAGGUG